UUAAAGCUGAUUCCCAAUAGGAGCCAAGGGUGCAUUGGACCACUAGGCAACGAAUUUCAGAGCAAAGGAUAAGAAGGAAAACCACCCCAAUAUUCCAUCGGGAAUGGGAGCUCCGGCGAUGCAUGCCAAGUCAGAGUCGGAGGUGACGAGCGUCGACGCCUACUCGCCGCCGCGAUCCCCCAGGCGUGCGCUCUACUACGUGCAAAGCCCACCCCAUGACCCGGAAAAGAUGUCAUACGGGUCGAGCCCCUGCGGGUCGCCCACCCGUAACUACCAGUACCACUGUUCCCCCAUUCACCACUCCCGAGAGUCAUCCACCUCCAGAUUCUCUGCCUACCUCAACAACAAGACGACGGCCAGUAGAAAUGUUAACCCGCCGCCGCCUUGGAAGCGAUUGGCGCCACCGACUGAUCCAGACGACUGCCGGGAAGAAGAGGAGGAAGGAGACGGCCAAGCCCAUUCCUCCUUCAAGUUCUACCUCCUCUGCUUUCUGUUCUGUUUCGUUCUUCUCUUCUCCAUCUUUUCCCUCAUUCUCUGGGCUGCCAGCACGCCUUACGCGCCUAGAAUCUCCGUCAAGAGUAUGAAAUUUGAGCAUUUUAACGUGCAAGCUGGAAUCGACGGAAGCGGUGUGCAAACGGAUAUGCUGAGUUUGAAUUCAACGGUGAAGAUCUUCUUUCGGAAUCCCGCCACUUUCUUUGGCGUGCAUGUUACGGCCACCCCUCUCCGGCUUUACUACUACAACCUCAACAUUGCCACCGGUCACAUUAAAAACUUCUAUGAGGCAAGGAAAAGCAAGCGGGUAUUGGUGACAGUUGUGGAAGGAUACCAGAUUCCGGUGUAUGGGGCGGUGCCGAUCGUCGGUGGCGGUGACGACGGCGACACUGUGUCUGUACCGCUCAACCUAACUUUUGUCAUUCGCUCACGGGCCUAUAUUUUGGGCCGGUUGGUCAAGUCCAAAUUCUACACCCAUGUUUUAUGCCAAGUUGCUCUAAGCGGAAACCAUGUCGGAAAGCCCAUUAACCUGACUACUCCUGGAUCUUGUACUUAUCAUUGAAAAUAUUUACAAAGAUAUAUUGCUUAAAUUAUUUAUUAAUUUACUGCAUCUUCUUGCAAUGCAGUUAUUGUUAUCCGGGAAGUUAAACUAAUCAGGCAUAGCUAGUUUUGU